ACUCACCGCUGGUGCUGCUGCAGCCGAACAGCAUUAGUACCAGCCCACGGGUACCUCCACAUCUCAUUUCAGGCUAUUCCUUCAGAUUCCUCGCUCGUCGGAGACCACUCGUGAACUGCAAAUGCAAGCCAUCAAGUGUGUUGUUGUCGGCGACGGUGCCGUGGGUAAGACGUGCCUGCUCAUCAGCUACACCACUAAUGCCUUCCCAGGAGAGUAUAUACCCACAGUGUUCGACAAUUACUCUGCCAAUGUUAUGGUGGAUGGCAAGCCUGUCAACUUAGGCCUUUGGGACACAGCAGGACAAGAGGACUAUGAUCGCCUUAGACCACUUUCAUACCCCCAAACGGAUGUGUUUUUAAUUUGCUUCUCACUGGUGAGCCCUGCAUCCUUUGAGAACGUCAGGGCAAAGUGGUACCCUGAGGUUCGCCAUCACUGUCCUAACACCCCCAUCAUACUUGUGGGCACCAAACUCGACCUGCGGGAUGACAAGGACACUAUUGAACGUCUACGGGAUAAGAAACUAGCUCCUAUCACUUACCCUCAAGGUCUUGCUAUGGCUAGAGAAAUCGGUGCUGUGAAGUAUCUGGAGUGUUCUGCUCUCACGCAGCGGGGUUUAAAAACCGUCUUUGAUGAGGCCAUCCGUGCUGUUUUGUGCCCUCCUCCUGUGAAGAAGCGGGGCAAGAAGUGUACUGUGUUUUGAGAAACAUCUCGGCCAUUUCCUUCAUCUAUAUGCCAUGCAAACAGCAAGCUCUUACUGUUCAGUUCUGCUGAUACGAACUGAUCAGUCCACUUUAUGAGGUGUCAAAACGCAUUUUUCUGUCUUAUGUCUGAUGCAACAGAUCAACAUAAAAAUGCCAAAUUUGCUUUGUUUGCGUUUUUAUUCAGAUUUGCCUUAAGAGUGGAGGGGGUGACGUAAGGCCACGACGUGCGUGUGUGUGUGUGUGUCAGGAUGAGUUAUUAGUUACUGAAAAUCAAGCAUAGCGAGUUCUCUGCCCCGUUCCAACACAAGUUAAAUUUCUUCAGAGCUUAUUGUGUGGAAAUUGUUGCUGUAAAUAUUUUACCUGCAGCAGGUACCGUUCCCUUUGGGGAUGGUGAAUGUGUCAGAAGACUGUGUAAAUAAUAGCUUUUGCAAGGUAAAUGCGUGGCCAUGGUCGGUUCUCUUACCUGAGGGGUGACUGUAAAAACCUUUUACUUUUUAGUAUUUUACUUUUUGCCUGUUCAACAUUUCAUACUGUACCUGCGUUUAUCUGUGAAUGUACUGUAUGUCAAUGACAGAAAUAUUACACUCCUGUGAAAUACUAUAACAAAAAAUACUAUACAAAAUAAACUGUAAUCACAACUGGACUGCAUAUACUGCAGAUGAAAGUAAUUUUGUGUAGACUGUAUGUUACACUAAAAGCUUGUUUUAAUUUUAAUUUUAAUUUCCUAUAUAUUUUGAUAUGAUUGAAGGACAAUGAAAUGUGCCAUUACUGAUUAGGGCUAAAAUAAUGCCCGCUUGUUGUUGUUGUUUGUUUGUUUUUUUGGGAAGUGUUCAUAUAUUCCUUUGAUUUGAUUACAUGAUUAAUCUUACAGUUUUAAUGAGAUAAAAUGUGUCUGCUCUGAUUGAGGAUUUAUGUUUUCAGGACUGUUUGUGAUUUAUUGAUGUAAAGACUGAAAUUAAACUACUGGCAGAUAUAG